GUGUGUGUGUGUGUGUGUGUGUGUGUGUGUGUGUGUCUGUGUCUGUGUGUGUGUGUGCGUGUGCGUGUGUGACAGGUCAUGGUUUCACAUAAUUAAUUACUUAUGGGACAAUACCAGUACAGUACCAUGCUUACCAACUUAUGAUUACAUUUUGAAUAUGUUUUGCCUUCAUGUCUCUUAUCUACUGGUGGCAAAUAUAGUUGCCUGUCUGUCACUGUUGUUGUUGUUGUUGUUGUUGUUGUUGUUGUUGUUGUUGUUGUUACUGCCACCACCACGGUUACUUGAAACAGUUUGAGAGACACAGGGUAGAAGGAAGAGUCACUGAAGCUCUUUUACUUGCUGUGGACAUUUGUGGGGUUUUUGUGUUUUAAAUUGAAGAACCAAUAUUUACUGGCAAUAGUUCUUAAACUGCCUUUGUAUGCAUGCAAUACCAGUCUGGCUGCAUCUCAAAAUAUUGCUGUCCAAGUAUUUUCUUGUUUUGCAUAUGUUGUUGAGAACACUAAGCAUGCUAUAUAUAUACACAGAGGUCACAUUUCUUAGUUGGAUUUCUUCGUUUUUGGUCUUUUUCAACUCGGAAGGCAAGCAACAAUAACAAUUGUCCAUGUAGUGUCUUUAGAAGUAUUGGGUGGAGACCUUGUUUUGAACAACAAACGCAGUGUUGCGUCAGAGUCUCUAAUUUAAUUAAUAAAUGUAAUUAGUUUGUGUGUAAUACUUCCACGACUCUCUUGAUUUGAGUGAGUUUAGUUGUCUUUUUUGUUUGUGUUUGACUGUAUACAUUGACAGUUGAGUAGUAGCAUGUAGUGAAUAUGAGGAUUGUCUACUGUAGCUAUGAAUCAUAUAAUGUCUAAAAUGGUGUAAUUGAAACAUAUCUCUUGUUCUAUUUUCAACUCUAACAUCUGGAGUUUGUCAACAGUCACAAAUGUCUAAUCUUGAUGACAAGUUGAGUUCUCAGCUGUUAGUGAAAGUUGCUCAUAAAGUAUCUCACAGGUGGGAGGAAUUCGGGUCUCUUCUGUCAGCAGGUAUGUUUCCUACAUACAGAACGAACGUCAUCACUGCUACAUACAGAAAUCCAUUCUUGCGUGCUAAAGCCAUGCUAGAAGAAUGGAGAGAGGCAAUGGGCAGAAGAGCUACUUGUGACUUGAUUGUUCAAACGCUUUUGGAGAUGGGUUUGAGGAAGGAGGCAUGUGAUAUAUUUGGUUAUGGUAUAGUAGAACUCAUUAAUCCAAACAAAUAAUUAAGGUAAUUAUGUGUCACGUGACUUUGAUUUAGGGAUAUAUCUUUGUGCCAUUAUUUAAAUUUAUUUGUAAGCGCGCGCUGUAAAGUAUAGCGAUGUGCUAUCAAUCGAAUUGAACAAUAAUAUCUGUAAACAAUAAUUUAUCGAGAUUCUGUUCAACAUUAUAUACGUAUUACUAGCGCGCGUUACAAGUUAAUAGUUUGUUAUUUUUCAGAGCAUGUUGUCCCUCCAGAUGGAGUACAUUAGUACACCCAAGAUUGAUGACGUUCACUUGGAGAGCAAGUUUUCACACAAGAAAACACACAAAGGCAGUCUUUGCGUGACACCAACCCAUCUUAUCUUUCACAAUCAAACCGUAGGAAGAGAAAUAUGGCUGUUGCAUACUCACAUCUUACAAGUGGAAACGCUACCAUUAAACACAAAAGGCUCGCCCUUGAAGAUAACCUACAAAACAUCAGAUCAUUCACAUUCAUCAUUGCUAAAGAUUGUGAAUGCCAAGACAUCUAUGAUACUCUGGUGCACUUCUCUAAACCAAAUGUAAAAGUACCAGUUGAUCUACAUGUUUGGAAGCCACACCAGCCAAUGAUUAGCACUCAGUCUUUCGACAUCAGUGAUUUGGCCUUGUUCUGUUACUCUGAAGAUAUUGAAAUGUAUGUUGCAUUCAGUACUAGUCGUGAGAAACACUUUUUGCAUCCAGAGUCACAGAAAAAAUUGCAGCCGUCCACAGACAAUACUUCAAAGGGAUCAGAUCCUAUUCUUAUGGCGAUUACCAAUCGAGAGUUCUGCAAAAUCACAAAGGAUGAAAAUGAGUUCAACCUUCCUGUUGACAUGAAGUUUUGGCGACUCUCAGCAAGCAGAUUCAUCCCCAAUGUUGCUUGUUAACAAGAGCUCUUGUCCAUAUACUGCAAAUCGUUGUAGUACUAUUUUUGUUUGUCGUGCAAACUUCAGUUUAUAGGAGAGUGUUUGCCAUCAUUUGACUGUACAAUAACAGUACAUUGUAAAAAUAAUUAAUCUUUCUAAUUAAAUUACAAAUAUAAUAUGCAGUAAUAUGUUGCAUGGUAUAGCUAGACUGUACUUCCUAUGAUGUUAACAUUUCUCUGAAUUUUUCGAUUACUCAGGAUCAGCCUGAGUUAAA